AUGUCUUUUGCUGGCAAACUUGUCGCCGUAACGGGCGCAGCCUCUGGGAUCGGCCUAGCCGCCGCUCGAUUACUCGCCCAACGUGAAUCGGAGAACAGCCCUAAGUCACACAUUCUAACAACAGCGUUGGAUGUCCGCGAUUCCGCACAGGUCGACUCGUGGAUCAAAAAAAGCACAGACAAACUGGGUCCUUUAUACGGAGCAGCUAACGUUGCAGGAGUCACUGAAAAGCAAUUAUCGGGCGAUCCUCUCGACGCUGCAGAAUGGGAUCAUAUAAUCGGGACUAAUUUGACGGGGGUAAUGCAUUGUGUCCAGGCGCAGGCCAGGAAAGCAUCUUCUGAGGGCGCAUCUAUUGUGAAUGUCUCGAGUAUCGUAGGUAAACAUGGAGUUGUGGGAUUGACGCGGAGAAUCGCUCAGCAUUUGGCGCCGAAAAAUAUCAGGGUGAAUUGCGUGGCACCAACACUUACUGAGAAGGCAUUCAAAGAGCAUCAAAUCCCCGAGAAUUUGAUGUCGGAUAUGCAGUGGCUUGCUAAACCGGAAGAAGUAGCGAGGGGGAUCGCCUUUCUUCUCAGCCAGGAAGCCCCAUUCAUGACGGGGUCUACAUACCCUGUGGAUGGGGGCUAUUUGUACUGA